GCUCACUACCUCUCUCCUCCACUUAUCUCACUGCUUGCGUGCAUCCUCAAAUCCCAGCUUGAAUCGGAGGAGCAAGUGCAUCGCGUGGAAAAAAGAGGCACAGGCUCGCUACCAGGGCUGAAGUCCGAGAUCUCCUGCCCACUGCCAGUCCCCCUUUCUGCCGUUUUAGAGUGAGGGCGAGUGAGGCUGGGCUUUUUUGAAUGGAGCGCGCAAGAAUAUUCCGCUCGAGGCCGGGAGGACCCGCAAGGUGGUAGCCGCUGAAUAGCAGCUAAGGGGGCCGUUGCGGUUCAAGACACUGUUAGGCGCGCCAGUCUUUGAGAGACACUUCACUGGCUGUCAAACUUAAAAGAAAGAGAGAGAUAUGGCCGGAGCCAAGCUGAAGCCUUCACCCGCGGAGAUCAACCCCGACGUGAAGACGGUUUCGCAGAAAUCCGUCGGUCCAAACUGGACAACCAGGACGGCAUCCUUCGAAUUUGAGCAAAGGCUCGCUAGGCUAUAUUCUGAAGAGUUCAGUGUGGAUUCUACUAAUGCGCAGGUACAAGUUGAAUUUUAUGUAAAUGAAAAUACAUUCAAGGAGAGGCUGAAACUUUUCUUCAUAAAAAACCAAAGAUCAAGCUUACGAAUCCGACUUUUCAACUUUUCCCUGAAGCUUCUUACAUGUCUUUUGUACAUUGUGCGCGUUUUGCUUGAUGAUCCAACAGAAGGAAUUGGAUGUUGGGGUUGCCCAAAGCAGAAUUAUACGCCUGACCCUAAUUCCACAGAAAUAAGCUGGUCACCCAUCCUGUGGGUGAACAGAAGAUUUCCAGUUUGGGCAAUUCAGGUUAUUGUGGCCUUAAUAAGCUUCAUGGAAGCCAUGCUGCUGACAUAUCUGAGCUAUAAGGGAAAUAUCUGGGAGCAGAUCUUUCGAAUAUCAUUUAUUCUAGAGAUGAUUAACACAGUCCCCUUCAUUAUUACAAUUUUCUGGCCUCCAUUAAGGAACAUCUUCAUUCCAGUGUUUUUGAAUUGUUGGCUGGCAAAGUGCGCUCUUGAGAAUAUGAUAAAUGACUUGCACCGAGCCAUCCAGAGAACUCAGUCAGCGAUGUUCAACCAGGUGUUGAUAUUAAUCUGCACUCUUCUGUGCCUUGUGUUUACUGGGACCUGUGGAAUCCAACAUCUAGAACGAGCAGGCAACAACCUAUCACUCUUCAAUUCUCUUUAUUUUUGUAUUGUUACUUUUUCUACUGUGGGAUAUGGUGACGUCACACCAAAGAUCUGGCCUUCACAACUUCUUGUGGUUAUCAUGAUCUGUGUUGCUUUAGUGGUUUUACCACUUCAGUUUGAGGAGCUAGUGUACCUGUGGAUGGAAAGACAAAAGUCUGGUGGCAAUUAUAGUCGUCACAGAGCUCAGACAGAGAAGCAUGUGGUGCUGUGUGUCAGCUCUUUGAAAAUUGAUUUACUAAUGGACUUUCUGAAUGAGUUUUAUGCUCAUCCACGACUUCAGGAUUAUUAUGUAGUGAUCUUGUGCCCGACAGAAAUGGAUAUUCAAGUUCGUAGGGUGCUACAGAUUCCCCUAUGGUCACAACGAGUGAUAUACCUUCAGGGAUCAGCACUUAAAGACCAAGACCUCAUGAGAGCAAAGAUGGAUGAUGCCGAAGCUUGUUUUAUUCUCAGCAGUCGAAAUGAGGUGGAUCGAACAGCAGCGGACCACCAGACCAUCUUAAGAGCAUGGGCUGUGAAGGACUUUGCUCCCAACUGCCCACUUUAUGUACAGAUCUUAAAACCAGAGAACAAAUUCCAUGUAAAAUUUGCAGAUCAUGUUGUUUGUGAAGAAGAGUUUAAGUAUGCAAUGCUGGCUCUAAACUGUAUCUGCCCUGCCACCUCCACUUUGAUCACCUUGUUAGUUCACACAUCAAGAGGACAGGAAGGCCAACAGUCUCCAGAGCAGUGGCAGAAGAUGUAUGGUCGAUGUUCUGGGAAUGAAGUUUAUCAUAUUCGACUUGGGGACAGCAAGUUCUUCGGAGAGUAUGAAGGGAAGAGCUUCACCUAUGCCUCCUUCCAUGCUCAUAAAAAGUAUGGUGUUUGCUUGAUUGGUGUCAAACGGGAAGACAAUAAAAGCAUUCUAUUAAACCCUGGGCCCCGGCACAUCAUGGCUGCCUCAGACACAUGCUACUAUAUCAAUAUUACCAAAGAGGAGAAUUCUGCAUUUAUCUUCAAACAGGAAGAGAAGCAUAAUCGCAAAGGCAUAUCUUCAGGGGGCUUUUACACUGGUCCUUCUAGACUGCCUGUCCACAGCAUCAUCGCUAGUAUGGGAACAGUUGCCAUGGAUCUGCAGAACACAGAGUGUCAGCCAAAUAAUUGCACCAAGUUGGCAUUGCCAACAGAAAAUGGAGCAGAGAGUCGGAGACCAAGUAUUGCACCUGUGCUGGAGAUUGCAGACUCUGCCUCCAUUCUGCCAUGUGACCUCCUCAGCGAUCAAUCAGAAGAUGAAAUGACUCAGUCUGAUGAUGAGGGCAUUCCAGCUCCCGAGUAUGUUAAAGGAUACCCUCCUAACUCUCCUUACAUUGGUAGCUCACCCACCUUGUGCCACCUUCUUCCACAGAAAGCACCCUUCUGCUGUCUCAGGCUAGACAAGGGUUGCAAGCAUAACAGUUUUGAAGAUGCCAAGGCUUAUGGUUUUAAGAAUAAACUCAUAAUUGUUUCAGCAGAGACUGCUGGAAAUGGUCUGUACAACUUCAUUGUGCCCCUGAGGGCCUACUACAGACCCAGAAAGGAGCUCAACCCCAUUGUGCUUCUUCUGGAUAACCCCCCUGAUAAUCACUUCCUGGAAGCUAUCUGUUAUUUUCCAAUGGUGUACUUCAUGGCUGGGACAAUUGACAAUCUCGACAACCUUCUGCAAUGUGGAAUCAUUUAUGCAGAUAAUUUAGUGGUGGUGGAUAAAGAAAGUACAAUGAGUGCUGAGGAAGACUAUAUGGCGGACGCAAAAACAAUUGUCAAUGUUCAGACCAUGUUCAGAUUGUUUCCCAGUCUCAGCAUUAUCACAGAACUUACUCACCCAUCAAAUAUGAGAUUCAUGCAGUUCCGAGCCAAAGACUGCUAUUCUCUUGCUCUUUCUAAACUUGAAAAGAAAGAACGUGAGAAAGGCUCUAACUUGGCUUUUAUGUUCAGACUUCCUUUUGCUGCUGGGAGAGUUUUCAGUAUUAGCAUGUUGGACACUUUGCUUUACCAGUCCUUUGUCAAAGAUUUCAUGAUCCCAAUUGCAAGACUCUUACUUGGGCUUGACACAACCCCUGGCUCAGGAUACCUGUGUGCUAUGAAAAUAACAGAAGAUGAUUUAUGGAUCCGAACAUAUGGCAGAUUAUUUCAAAAGCUGUGUUCUUCCAGUGCUGAAAUUCCAAUUGGCAUCUAUCGUACAGAAUCUCACAUGUUUUCAGCAUCUGAGUCUCAAGAUAUUGCUGCACAGUCUCAGGUUUCUAUUAAUGUAGAAGACUGCGAAGACACUAAAGAAGUGAAAGAAACAUGGAGUCAUAAAAACAACCAUCGCAACUCUACCUCCAGUGAUCAGUCUGAGCACCCACUACUUAGAAAGAAAAGUUUGCAGUGGGCCCGGAGGCUAAGUCGAAAAGGUCCCAAGCAAACAAGUAAAACAGAAUGCAUGAGCCAGCAAAGGGUAAACUUAUACAGACGAUCAGAGAGACAAGAGCUUUCUGAGCUUGUCAAGAACAGAAUGAAGCAUCUGGGUUUGCCUACCACUGGUUAUGAGGAUGUAGCAAAUUUAACAGCAAGUGAUGUGAUGAAUCGGGUAAAUCUUGGAUAUUUGCAAGAUGAAAUGAAUGACCACCAGAACACUUUAUCAUAUGUCUUGAUCAACCCACCUCCAGACACACGCCUGGAAUUGAAUGAUAUUGUUUACCUGAUCCGGUCAGACCCCCUGGCACACGUGCCAAGUGAAUCUCAAGAAGCAAAAGGAUGCUUUGGCUUGAAACAAGAAUUUGGAAGUGAAACGAGAGAUGAGACAACACUGUAGAAAUUACCUGUGAGCUUCAGUGUGCCGUAUCUUUUUUGAUGUUAACCUCUUGGAAGAGGUGUAAUACACGGAGCCUUGUCCAUGGACAGUGCCCCUGGGCGGCUGGUACUGGGGGACAAAGAAAGGGAACAAGACAGUAAAGGAAAGAAAGAUGCUGAAGGUAGCUGAAGCAUGGCGGUUAUUCAGCAUGGAUUAUCAGGUGGACCAGCUCAUGUGAAAUGCUGCUUUGACUAGGUUUGUGAAGACAGGAGGGAAAAUAUAAUUUUUUAAAGUUUUAGCUCAGGACAGUUUUUUUUUUUUUUUUUUUUAUCAAAAGAAAUUUUAUCAUGGAAAAUGGCAGACUUGGAACUUGUUCCCCAUAGUAGAAAGAGCAUAACUUCUUAUGGACAGUGUUUCUUCUCGUGAUACAUUUCUUUUAGUAGUUUAGAGGUUGCUGACUUCUUCAGUGAAAUACUUUUAACUCGUUAUGUCACAACGGUAUGACAAGGACACCACUUAUAGUGUCUUCUGCAAUUUCCCUGACAAUUCAGACUCAACUGGCAUUGACUACUGGAAAAUCAACAUUAAAAAAAGAAAUAGUCAAAAUUAAUAUGAAUGUAACUUUAAAAGACUGAUUAUUUAUUAAAAAUAUAAUUGUCUUAAGGCAUAACUUACGAUAUGAAGAAUUAAGUAAUGAAUAUGUUGUGCAAAGACCAGGAAGGCAGCCAAAUUAUUUAUUUAUUUUUUAAUUUAUUUAUUUUUUGUGGCAUUACUAUGUUAUGAGAAAGUAGAGCAAAUUAAAUGGACCUCAUUUUUUUGCAUUUCAAAACUAACUGGCACAAUAGCAAUUUAUGUGUUACUACUGCCAUGUGUUUCUUCAGUGUGGAGCGGGGUGUGCAUUUCAUUGUAACUUUGCAAUGACUCACAUUGACAGGAGAGGGAACUCUACAACAAAACUUGCAUGCACAUCCGUAAAAUUAUUUUAGUGUAUUAGUAUUCCUAGAAGUAGUGAAAACUUAGCAAACUCGGACCAACCAUUCUCUUACUUAAAUGGCCUUUUACUCCUAAUUAAACUCAAAUAGCAUUUUCUGAGAUUUUCUGCACUUUUUUUAAUGAUUACCCAGUAAUGUAUAUUCAUGUAAUUAUCAUUAAGGGGAAAUUAAUAACACAACACUUUUUUAUAUGUUGAAUAUUUACCAGUCAAGAGAAAAAUGACACAGCAGAAGGCAAUCAUGUUUGUUUUAGUUAUUAAAGGCAUCCGACCAGAUCAUAAGCCACACUGAUCUUUUAAGAAAUUUCUGUGGUUUAUUAAAAAAUUGCUUCCUAAAUAGAGAAUGCAUGGAGGUGAACCUUUGUUAAAUAACUCAGUUACCAACACUGAAAAAAAAAACAAAUUUUAAGAUACCUAAUCUUUGGGCUGGUCCUGGAUAGGUCAAGUUUUGAGAAUUGCAGGCAACAUAAAGGUGUUACUGUACAUAUGUACAUAAACAAUUGUAAGCAUCCAUGCUAUACAUUCUGCUUAAAUUUUAUUGUACUUAGGCACUCCCUUAAUAUUUACCUGCCACAAUGCCCCAGGAUUAAUGCUACAUCCCUGUAGGGGAAGAUGAGGAAAGUUGUCUCAGGUUUUACUUAGUCAGCUGUGGAUGGGUCAAAUAUAAAGUUAUUGCCAAGCAAAGGCCUGCAUUGAUUAGGUAAAUUACCAUUAAACAGAUACAAAAUAACAAGCAUUAUCAACAGAGAUACGUAGUAUGUAAUAAACUAAUUUAAACUGGGACACUUGAGAUGUGUCUCACAAGCAGGGGCAUGUUGUCACGAAUAGUUAAAGCUGUCAUCAAGUAGGCCUUUAGAACAUACCAACUACUACAGACUAACUCAGUGGCAACAGCAUCAUGUUCCUGUAAUAAAACACAAUUUUACAGUUAUAGGCUGCUCACUGUUACAGGUCUAGUCCAGGCCUACGUCAGCGCCAUAGCUGCACAGCAAUCCGUAACGAAACUUAAACUUCUUGCUGCUUCUGGCAGUUCCACCAACGCAAAUGGGGGCAGGCAACUUCAUGAUGAUAUCAGUGGCGUCAUGCUCCCAUAUAUCAUCCUUUUGUUAUGAUGAAAUGAAGUCUUGUUUUGACGGAAUUCGACGCAUGUGAUGUGACAACAUGCCCCAAUAGAGGUCCGUACAUUUCAGUUUUCAGCAGCACCAAUGAAGUUCUUGUAAACAACUAGCACAUUGCACAAUAAAUUCAGAAUUCAAAGAUCUUCAAAUCAGUUACCUGUGUUGAAAUACUCUCCGGAAAUGUGAAACUCUCUGAUACACGAAAAGAUGCUUUUUCGUUGACAAAAAUACGAGUUUUAAUCCGUGAUGUAACCAACAAUCCUACUGUUGAACUAAUUUAUUUCAUUUCAUUAGCUACUCAUCACUGUAUUGUUUACACGCUAUCCAGUGACGUCAGCACACCAUAGAUGUAAUAACUUUUGCUAGAUGACCCUUGAGACAACCUGCCCCGUCUUCCCCUACCACACAUCAGAAUUAUUUCAAACAUUCAAAUCGAUGAUGUCUGAGGGGAAUUAUCAGGAAAACUGUAAUGAUAUCAGUGUUCGACUGGUCUGCAUUUGCAAGUAUUACUUAUUUAGUUUUCAUAUUGCAGCAUAUCCUGAUCUGAGCGUAAAUGAAGUACAAGUCUUCCUUAGCCACAAAGUUUCACUUCAGUUUGUUUCCUGCAUACACUUUCAAGGCUCAGCCUGCAUUACUAUGGGUGACUUCUCUAGUGUCUCACCCUGUUAUGACAUUAUGUCUAACUCCGCCUCACCCACUGAGGACGUUUCAUGGACAUCUUCCAUUCAUUCUGGUAUAUCUGAACAGCACACAGGCAGGUCAUUUUCUAUCUGGACAAAACAUGAUCCUCUUUCAUGUUAAAAUUUGUUUACCAGCUUGCAUUGGCAUUUCUCCAUUUCUAGACUCUCCUUAUGAAUAGUAGUAGUAUGCCCUUGUGAGACCACCGUUGCCUCCUUUUACCCUAAUUGUUUGUUUUCCUUGUAGACUCUUAAAUACAUUUGAUGAAAUCCUGCCGAGGUUCACCAGAUCUUUCUUCAGAGUCCUGUUUAAAAUGCAGCAUACGACAUGUUUCAAACUCGCAGUGAGUCGGCUUGUACCCUUGUCCUUUUAUGUAAUUCUCCAUUUGUAAAGAUACUGUGGCAUUUACCCUUAUGGAAUUCUCCUGUACGUUAGACAAGCAGGCAAUUCUUCAUCUGUGUACAUACAUAAUUUAAAAACUAAUCCACUCCUGUCAGCUACCCUGGGGCCAUAAUUGUAACUCAACAGAAUCCAUUCCAAUCUAACAAUUCCAUCUAACUACAAUCUAACCAAAGUAGCGUUUCUUUCUGACUUAGCGAUUGAGUGCACUUCAUAAUUCACGUAAAGAUGUCCUUCCUUCCUUCCUUCUGUCCGUAUACUAGCCAGUGUUUCCAGGUGAGAGUCGUGAGAAGCCUGGGCUCAUCCUGGCAGCAUUUAAAUACCGACAGCAUUCAUCCCACAUCACAAAUCGUCAAAGCUCUUCAAGAUCAAGAUCUAGAACUGACAUUUUGAUAAGGAGAAAUUCAUGAUCAAUGUGAACCUAACAUAAAUGCGCAUAUGUCAUGUAUGCAUUUUUCUAUAAAUGACACAUUAGUGCCAUGUUGUUGGUGUGUCCCAAAUUGACGUAUUCAGUUUGUUUGGAGCCCUGCUCACUUUCCAUUUUCAGGGUGACAACAACACUUCCAAAACAACAAACCUGAAGAUACGUUUCUCCCGUCAACAUCUUGUCUUCUGUCCUAAUGAUCUUCUCUUCCUUCUUUUAACACACCCAUGGACACUUAUGCUCUCCUGAUCCUGUCCAGAGAGAGUCCAUCCAGCUACAAAUAAACCGCCCACCAUAUGUAUGAGGAGUUCUUGCUUCAUUGUCCUUCUCCAAACAACUCCUUGUGAACUUUGUGAAGACAAACACAAGUUCUGCGCUCUUUCUGGGGUGUUAAUAGCAUUACAGUAUAUACAGGCAUUGAGGCAACAUGGCUGUCUAAAGUAAAUAGAAAAUGCUGGAGUAAGUGUAUAGUUUGAAUGUGCAUUUAUAUAUUGUAUAUAUAAUUAUUUGAAGCAUAUUAAUUUAUUGUUAUUUAUUUUAUCUUUCAUUUGUUUUUUAAUUUUAAAAUCAGUAUUGAUUAUAUCAGCCAUAUCAUUACAUUAGGCUUUCAUUUUGCAUAUGUUUUUGCUUAUAACCAAAGAGAAAAGGCUUUGGGUUCUGAUUUCUGGUAUUUGGUGGGCACAUAAAAUGUUACAAAAAUUUAAUAUAUCAGAGUUUAUCAGCUCCUGUUAUGGUGAACAUGUUUUGACACAAGGAACCGCAGCUAGUGCUUACCACUAUGUGGGAGUCCCACUGCCCACCCAAACCUGUCACACACCUCCGCCAUCUCCUGUUGUACUGAUCCAUGGGCAUCGUGCAGUGUAACGAGUCACCUCGUAAGGGACAGGGCUAGGGAGGCCACCAUAGGAAAAACUCUAGGCCAAAACCGAAAUUCAGAAAAUGUUGGUCUGAAUGCCCAAAGGCUUUUGUUUUUUCAUGUUUGUUAUUGCAUAAGGCCGGCAUUAAAUCAUUUUCACUUUUGAUAUAUGCAUUUCAGUGAAAUUGAAUUGUAAGCAUGCAAGAUGACAAAAAGACUCAUUAUCAAAGUCAAUCAUUUCAAAGAAGACAUAUUUAAAAACUGCAUGGAGUCUGCAUGGUCUCCCUGGGUCUGAGUUGGGUUUCCUCCCACAGUCCAAAGACACGAUGGUUAGGUGGACUUGUGUGUGUGUGAGUGAGUGAGUCCUCGCUUCAGUGAGCUGGCACUCUGUCCAGACGUUGUUCCUGCCCUGUCUCCCUUCUCAGGAUAAGCAAUUUUGAAAAUGGAUGAAUAGACAUAUUUGAAAACACUGGACUGAAAAUACGUAUAAUAAAUAUCUAAAUAAAAAAUGGUAACAGAAUGUACUUUUGUAAAUAAUAAGUGAUGACUCAAUCUCACGGUGUAAGUCUACCAAGUAAUGUACAGUCUCCUAUGUUGAAAAACAGACAUAAAAUAAGUUAAAGCCAGCACUAGAGGGCAGUAGCAUUAUAUUUUUGUCCUCUUUUUACUUUCUUAACGGUUCAUCUAAUGGAGAUGCUGGAAGGUCCCUUCUUCUGUCUCAGCACACUGUCAUUCACAGGGUCCUCUCAAAGUGCCCACUUGCUGUGGCAGAUGCCUACUUGACUUUUUGCCCAGUUGUUGAUUGUCGCUGCAGCAGUUUCUCCCAUUUAGGUGUGGCGUAGCUAUUUGCAUGGUGUUACACACAAGUCCAGGUGUCAAUGUUUUCAGCAAAAGAGGGAAAAAAAAGAAAACUUCCCUACAAUGCACUAAUUGUGUAUUCUUGAAAGUCCGGAACUCUUCAUACCAUUCCAUAAGUGCAAGGCAUUCAGGAGCACAGCUGAAAGGCAAGAUCAGGUCUCUUUUGGGAGUAGUAUUCUUAUCUCACUAGCUAGCAGUGCUAGCUGUCAAAGACGGACUGAAAGCGAAGUAAUCCACAUAGACCUCAAGUGUUAAUGUUUGCAGUGCAUCAUUCAAUGUGCAUGUCUCUGUUAUAUGCCAUUUAGUAUGGGAUUCGUAAAAGCAGUGUUAAUGUUUGUGAUGCACCAUCUGUUGGAAUAACAAAUGCAAUGCAUUAGUACUAGAGAUGUUUGUGAUGCGUCAUCCUUUGGAAUGACAGAGACAUAGCAACUGGACCAUCCCAUAGCCAGACACGCAGGCACUUGUCCUUUCAUCACCAGGGGAUAUAUGUGUUAGUUAUCAUCAACAUUUCACUUUUCUUUUAUUGCUGGUUACAACCUAAACUUUACAGGUGUGAGCUGAUUUGAAGUGAGCCCCUAUACAUUUAUAAUAAUGAGUGUAAAUUGAAUGAAUGGAUCAAUAAAUCCAAAGUGAGACGGACCUUGUAGCACAUUUUCAUGUCUAAAGCACUGAAUGUUUAUGUGUGCCUGUCUGUUAGUUUGCCCCAGCAACUUCAGUCGUACAAAGCAUUUUGCUUCUUAGGAAAAAUCACAGUCGUGAGGUCAACAGCAUCACAAAGUAUCAUUCAUAGAGUUUUAAUUUGCAGGAAUUUCUCUUUUUUAAAUAACAAUGACUGAAAAUCAAUAUGUUUUACUCUUAGCAAUCAGAGCCGUCCUCUCCCAGAGGGCCAAACCGUCCCAAUCUCCAGAAGUAAUCGCUUGCUUCACAAAUAUUGAAAAGCCAUGCAGUUUCUUAUUGUUGGUUAUAUAAAUGAAGUCUUUAUACCUAUUUGUUUUUUUUAGUUUAGGUAUUGGAGAAUAUUGUUUCAUUUAUAUAGUACUGCAUUAUAAAACACUGGAAACACUUUUUAGACUGAACUGAAUUUGUUGUUGUUGUUUUUUUUUCUUUUUUGUCCCUUCAAAGUCCCUGUUUUCUGAAUGUGCAGAUUACACUCUGAACAGUUCUAGAAUAAAUAAUUUUGUACGAUUUCUUAUAUGAAGUCAGUGUGCUUUAUUGUUCUAUGUAAGAAUUCAAUAAAGUAGCUGCAUGCAGCCUUGACAAGUGA